CUGCGCAUGUCAGUUUGUUUGAUGAUAAACAAGACCUGUAUAACCUAAAACGAUUGCAAGGAAAAACAUAACUCGUAUUCUGGUAAGACGGACAAUAGUAAUUUAAUUUCACCGUUGAAUAAAUAGUAUGCAGUUAAAUAUAUUUUGUGUCGUUAUGAUGUCUGUCAUUUGAUUUUAUUGUAGUGCAUAUCAAACAACAGUGGCCUGCUGCUAUCGUUAGCUAACCUGCUAACGUUAUCUUGUUGCACCCAUUUUCGCUAUCUAGCUAGCUUGUUAGCCAGUUUAUGUUAUGAUAGUUUAUUUACUAGCUAUCUAGUUUACAAACCAGUCGACAGUCAAAAGACUCUCUUGCUAACCCAAUGAGGAAACUCAAUUGAGCUUAAUUGACUAAAGUUAUUUAGCGAUGAAGCGCAAACAGCAUGAUGUCGAGUGUAGUGGAACAGUGAAUUAAACAAAUAUGAAGUUUCCCGUUUGUUAGCUAAAGCCCGUUAUCAUGUUAGCUAGCUUAUCUAGGUAGGUUCCCUUGAUAUCAUUGUACAGUGAGGGGAAAAAGUAUUUGAUCCCCUGCUGAUUUUGUACGUUUGCCCACUGACAAAGAAAUUAUCAGUCUAUAAUUGUAAUGGUAGGUUUAUUUGAACAGUGAGAGACAGAAUAACAACAAAAAAAUCCAGAAAAACGCAUGUCAAAAAUGUUAUAAAUUGAUUUGCAUUUUAAUGAGGGAAAUAAGUAUUUGAUCCCCUCUCAAUUAGAAAGAUUUCUGGCUCCCAGGUGUCUUUUAUACAGGUAACGAGCUGAGAUUAGGAGCACACUCUUAAAGGGAGUGCUCCUAAUCUCAGUUUGUUACCUGUAUAAAAGACACCUGUCCACAGAAGCAAUCAAUCAAUCAGAUUCCAAACUCUCCACCAUGGCCAAGACCAAAGAGCUCUCCAAGGAUGUCAGGGACAAGAUUGUAGACCUACACAAGGCUGGAAUGGGCUACAAGACCAUCGCCAAGCAGCUUGGUGAGAAGGUGACGAGUUGGUGCGACUAUUCGCAAAUGGAAGAAACACAAAAUAACUGUCAAUCUCCCUCUGCCUGGGGCUCCAUGCAAGAUCUCACCACGUGGAGUUGCAAUGAUCAUGAGAACGGUGAGGAAUCAGCCCAGAACUACACGGGAGGAUCUUGUCAAUGAUCUCAAGGCAGCUGGGACCAUAGUCACCAAGAAAACAAUUGGUAACACACUACGCUGUGAAAGACUGAAAUCCUGCAGCGCCCGCUCAAGAAAGCACAUAUACAGGGCCGUCUGAAGUUUGCCAAUGAACAUCUGAAUGAUUCAGAGGAGAACUGGGUGAAAGUGUUGUGGUCAGAUAAGACCAAAAUCGAGCUCUUUGGCAUCAACUCAACUCGCCGUGUUUGGAGGAGGAGGAAUGUUGCCUAUGACCCCAAGAACACCAUCCCCACCGUCAAACAUGGAGGUGGAAACAUUAUGCUUUGGGCGUGUUUUUCUGCUAAGGGGACAGAACAACUUCACCGCAUCAAAGGGACGAUGGACGGGGCCAUGUACCGUCAAAUCUUGGGUGAGAACCUCCUUCCCUCAGCCAGGGCAUUGAAAAUGGGUCGUGGAUGGUUAUUCCAGCAUGACAAUGACCCAAAACACACAGCCAAGGCAACAAAGGAGUGGCUCAAGAAGAAGCAUAUUAAGGUCCUGGAGUGGCCUAGCCAGUCUCCAGAACUUAAUCCCAUAGAAAAUAUGUGGAGGGAGCUGAAGGUUCGAGUUGCCAAACGUCAGCCUCGAAACCUUAAUGACUUGGAGAAGAUCUGCAAAGAGGAGUGGAACAAAAUCCCUCCUGAGAUGUGUGCAAACCUGGUGGCCAACUACAAGAAACGUCUGACCUCUGUGAUUGCCAACAAGGGUUUUGCCACCAAAUACUCAUAAAAAUGCAAAUCAAUGUAUAACAUUUUUGACAUGCAUUUUUCUGGAUUUUUUUUGUUGUUAUUCUGUCUCUCACUGUUCAAAUAAACCUACCAUUCAAAUUAUAGACUGAUCGUGUCUUUGUAGUAGGCAAACGUACAUAAUCAGCUGGCGAUCAAAUAAUUGUUUCCCUCACUGUACCUUUAACUAGCUAUAGACCUUGUUGUUUGGCCAUUUCUUUUUGACUUGAAGAAGCCAGCCUGCCAAUGUUACCUAAUCAAUGUCUAGCUAGCUAGCUUCUAUUUGUCUUUGUCAAAUACAGUAUUUUUCUCCAGCCCUGCUCUAACAGGCAACCAGUAAGAAAACAUAUAGGGAAUGAUGGCCCUCACUUACUAAACAAAAAAUGUAGAAACAUUUAUUGUGGGACUUAGUUUUCCCAUUAAGGUACUCUUGAAGAAAACAGAAGGAUUUAACUUCAUUAUUUAAAACGCCUUUAUUGUCUUGGCAAACAAAUGCCAAUCAGUAACCUUUGACCCUCUCCUCUCUCCUCCAGGUGUGACCAUGGGGAAGGCCCUCUCCCUGCUGCCCAAGCAGGCAUGCCACGAUGACUCCCUGACCACCACCACCCAGGAGGAUGAUGGGAAGAGAGAGGACGUGUCCCAGUUCCCCUACGUAGAGUUCACAGGCCGGGACAGCGUCACAUGUCCCAGCUGCCAGGGCACUGGGAGGAUACCUAGAGGUGAGCACCACACACACACACACACAUACUUAUGUAGAGUUCACUGGCAGGGACAGCGUCACAUGUCCCAGCUGUCAGGAUACAGGCAGGAUACCUAGAGGUAAACAGGAGGAGUAGAAUACUACUAGCCUGGUCCCAGAUAACUUAGUUAAGCUGCUAUAUCAUUUGAAUGAAUAUGACUGGGUGAUUUGCUCAGUUCAGGGUCGUAGUCAGACUGCAGUUGAAGUGCUGAUGUGUAUGGAAAACCACAAGGGUGCUCUCUUGUGGAUAAUGAAUAGUGUGAUUCAGACUCACUCUGUGGGCUUGAGGGAAUGAGACCAAUCACUGAAUUUGGCAUAUGAAUGACACGUGCUUUGCCUGUAGACUCACUAUAAUCAAAGCUGUGUUAUUUGUAGUUCAUGAUUUUAUCCCCGGAGCCUGGUGAAUGUCCCCUUUGAGGGAUAACAAUGUUGUACAGUAAUUAUUAGUGAUGUGAAUCUCUCCUUUCAAACACGAUUCGAUAGCUAUCUAGCCAUUAAUUAUUUCACAAUUGAAUGGAAAAAAUCUUAUGGAGAAAAAACUAUUUUCCUAAGUUUUUCCUUGAGGCGGCGGCAUAGGUGCCAAUAGCGUAAGAGAAGCAGAUCUGAGGGCCAGCACCAAUCCACACCUAGGAACACCACAUGACUGAAGGCGCAUGAACGCACGCACCCAAACCCACGCACAGGCACAGUCAAAUAAUAACCCCUGGGUUUUAUGGGAAAAACACUGCAGCUAUGCAGUCACUCCUUCAUGGCUCUAUGACAAAUAACUUGACUAUUUUCCUUCCAGUUUUUCCCUAGGCCACACAGUAGCCUUAGUUUUGGCACACAAAACAGAGAACUAGAUGUUCAUACACUUGUUUGAGGACGUUACAGCAUGUCAUUACACCCUCCAGUGGUGAGAGCCUGCUCUAGUCGUUUUCCGCAUACUCUAUGCCUAAGAUUCAGGUGGUGCUACUCCACAGCUCUGUUUGCUUCCCUGAAGCACAUGCAUAUUUGGAACCAGGCUAGCUCUGUAAGAGAUUUUGCUGAGAAAGCAACUUCCCACUAUUUUGUGUUAACUUUUCUUUGAGCCUCCUAAUCAUAAUUAUAAAGUUUUAAAUUAUACCUAUUUCAUCCAAAAUCGGUAAAAUACCAAUAUUGGCCAAUAAGAUCAGUGAAAUGAUUUAAUUGGUCAGGCUCUAGCUAUGACAGCCAAUUAAUAUAGCACAGCUUUGGAUUUCACCUGUCUCAACAGCAAAUGGUUUUGACCGUUUGACCAUAGGCCUACAGUGCAGCUCGCCAAAAUGAUUGCUGUCCUUGUUAUGAAUUUACAACUUCACCCUGUUCAUGUAAAAAUGACCAAAUGCACUGACUGUUUAAAGCGAAACUACCAAAACUAUAUCUUAUGGUGAACCUGGCAAUUGAAAAGCCCCAAUUAGCAGUAAGAUGUGCAAUCAGCAAGAUGUGAGUUGUGUCCACUCCGGUAGCCUACACAACUCUGCCAGUAAAACACAAUUUUCUACAGCGCAUUUGUUAACAAUGACCCUGCAAAUUACAUUGGUUGUCACCCAACUAAUAAAGCCUAUGAUUUGACAUUGCGAAAGCCAUUUUACAAUAAUUUAAGUGCUGAAGGUGCCACGCAGAUAUACAAAUAUUAGAUCAGGGAUAGGCUCUCGUUGCCGCAAGCUGCGGCGCUCUGUGCGCACAGUUGUUGUCUGACUUGGAGAUCAAUGACUGUCAUGUGCAUUGACAUGCUUAGUUCGAUAGGCUGCUGAAGGAGAGGAAGCAUCAAUUCAGUCACAAAAGAUUUAGAGGUAUUUUAUUUUUUUUAUAGUAAAAAACGUUAGUGAACCGGCGGUCCGUAACGUUUGAAUCGAUUUUCUGACCGAUUUUGGAUCGGUUUGGGCUCCCGCGAACUGAUGCACUCAUCUUAAACAGUUGAACCAGGGAUUGAUGCCUGUCGGUGAAUCGGUACACCCCUAGUAUUGCUGUAAUGUUGUGUUGUGCUGUAGUUAUGUCAGAUGAUCAGCUGUUUAAGAUCAGUGUUUAAAAUAUUUCCUUGCAUUACGCAGGCCAAGAGAACCAGUUGGUGGCGUUGAUCCCAUACAGUGACCAGAGACUCAGGCCCAGGAGAACGUAAGUGGAAUGUUGUUGGGUUGGUAUCUCUAGCUGUAGGAUAAACGUCACAAUAAUGUUUUCCGAUGUGACUGCAACUUUGCGAGUAACUAUUCCUUUCUUGUAAUAUUCUUUGAAUCCUGCAUUUGGAAAAUUGCUACUCCUGACCCUGUCUUUGACUCUCUCUUUCACAGAAAGCUGUAUGUGACGGCCUCAGUGGCUGUGUGUCUGCUGCUGUCCAGCCUGGCUGUCUUCUUCCUGUUCCCUCGUACCAUAGACGUCUCUUAUGUGGGCGUCAAGUCUGUCUUCGUCACCUACGACGAGGACAAGAGGAUUGUCUAUCUCAACGUGACGGUGAGCCUCUCUCCUCUGGUCUAACCACACCAUGAUGAUUUGGAUCACAAAGUAGGACAGUCACAGGAGGAGACUGCUUUUCCUUAUCAACCUGUUCUUUGCUCCAAAGGUUGGCAAUGUUCGGGCAGAUGAGUUGGGUCACAAAUAUAGUGGGAUUCUAGGUAUCCUGCCAUCCCUGGCAAUUGAGCCCUUGAGCAAGGCACUUCUCCUAAACUGCUCCAGGGUUGCCGCACUGGCUAACUCUGGCUUCCAACCUGUGUGUGUGUGUGUGUGUUUUUGUCGGAGGGUAAGGUUAAAAGACAAAUACUAAUUUCUGAGAUCAUAAAAUGACAAAAUAUUAUUCUUCCUUCCAGAACACUCUGAACAUCACCAAUAACAACUACUACAGUGUAGAGGUGUCCAACAUCUCAGCCCAGGUCCAGUUCUCCAAGACGGUGAUCGGGAAGUCCCGCAUCAAUAACAUCACCGCUAUCAGUCCUCUGGGCAUGCAGCAGGUACACAGCUCUGUAAUAACAUGGUAACAGCUCUGUAAUAACAUGGUAACAGCUCUGUAAUAACAUGGUAACAACUCUGUAAUAACAUGGUAACAGCUCUGUAAUAACAUGGUAACAACUCUGUAAUAACAUGGUGACAACGCUGUAACAACUCUGUAAUAACAUGGUAACAACUCUGUAAUAACAUGGUAACAACUCUGUAAUAACAUGGUAACAACUCUGUAAUAACAUGGUAACAACUCUGUAAUAACAUGGUGACAACGCUGUAACAACUCUGUAAUAACAUGGUAACAACUCUGUAAUAACCAGGGGUGAGUGAGGCGUCCCGGCAAAAUAAAUAGUGGGGGUACAUGAGCCUAGCACAAUAAUUAAAACAAAAUGUCAAGAAAAUUGUAGGCUAUUGCACCACUUUUUAUCAUUACCACAUGUCAGAGGCAUGAAAAAUGAGCGAAUGGACUUAGCCUACACCGCAAAAUGCGAUGUGGUUCGACGAGAACACUGGCAUUUUGCCAAGGCAGAGAUGAGUGGCCAACACCGAGACGCGCAAGCAGCAGUGGACGCAUACAUUUUGGCCUAAUGACAAUCACCAAAUGUCAUUACACUUUGUUGUUUUGUGUAACAGAUGUCUCUUUCCAUUCACCACUGUUUGUAGGCUGGAAAUAUGUUGCGAGUGGAUGAAGGUGCCUGGGUAGCCUAGUAAAGAGGCCUUUUGAAGUGAUUGUUUGACAAUCGGAUGAAAACAUCAUGACUGGUUGUGUUUAUGCCACAAUGAUAGGUAAUACAUUUAAAACGUUAAAUGACAAAUCGUUACGACUAGGCACACAGAGAUCCUAUUGAAUUAAUAGGGAUUAUAUAUGUAAUUCUAUGAGUCUACUUUCACCCCUGGUAAUAACAUGGUAACUGCGCUCUAAUAGUGUGGUUAUUACAAAACAAUCAUUAUUGGACAUGCAGCAGAAACUCCAGUUUCACCCAAUUCAAGACCCAACAACCCAUAGCUGUUUAAAAAAAAAAUAAUUGAUUCAGACACCUCUUCCUGGUCCUGCAUCCCUUAACUUGUCACACAGUAUUUCAGUGUAAUUUCCUAUUUUGGUUCUUCAAGCACUUUUUUCCCAUGUCACCUUUUUUGAUCAUAACCCUGUGUGUUGUGUUGUUCCCAGGUUGACUACAUGGUUCCCACCAUUAUAGCAGACGAGAUGAGUUACAUGUAGUAAGUACAACCCAGUACAUCACAGUAAUAGUAUUAUGAGAACACUGGGAGCCUGACAAAGACCUAAUGGUCGAGACUUUGUUUUAAAGAAAACCUAUGGCAGUACAGAUUGCGGUGUGCAGUCCUCUUAGUUCUUGCUUAACCUCUUCCCCAGGCUCAUUUGUUACCACAUAUAGAACCUGGAAACAGUGUGAAACAAAGUGGGACUUGAAAGGGGCACAUGUUAAAAUCGAGGCGGGAGAGGCACCGAGAGUCUGCCACAGCUGGAUUCAUUGGGACUUUGAAAUAUUCAGAAAAUCGCCUAUAAAUGUUAGAUCACAGUGACCAUAUAAUUUUUUGGGAAGCACUAUUGAUUCUGAGCUUGGGCAUGUAACGUUUAUGGGAAGACAUAUUUAUAUGUCAGGGGUAUUCAACCGGGGGUCCGCGGAGAUACUGCAGGGGGUCCAUGAAAAAAAAUUAAGAGAACAUUAUUAUUAUUGUUUUUAUAUGUAUAUCGCUAGCAACAACUUUUUAAUUUGUUAUUACAUACCUACAAUAGAAAAGAGGAGAAUAUCUUCUAACUUUAUUUCUUAACUUCAUACAGAACUCUUGACUUUUUCCAAAUGUUGUUACGUUACGGCCUUAUUCUAAAAUUGAUAAAAUAUAUAUAUAUUUUUUUUGCAAUCUACACACAACACCCCAUAAUGACAAAGCGAAAACAGUUUUUUAGACAGAAAAACAGAAAAACCUUAUUUACAUAAGUAUUCAGACCCUUUUCUAUUAGACUCGAAAUUGAGCUCAGGUGCAUCCUGUUUCCAUUGAUCAUCCUUGAGAUGUUUCUACAACUUGAUUGGAGUCUAUCUGUGGUAAAUUCAAUUGAUUGGACAUGAUUUGGAAAGGCACACACCUGUCUAUAUAAGGUCCCACAGUUGACAGUGCAUGUCAGAGCAAAAACCAAUCCAUGAGGUCAAAGGAAUUGCCCGUAGAGCUCCGAGACAGGAUUGUGUCGAGGCACAGAUCUGGGGAAGGGUACCAACAAAUGUCUGCAGCAUUAAAGAUCCCCAAGAACACAGUGGCCUCCAUCAUACUUAAAUGGAAGAAGUUUGGAACCACCAAAACUCUUCCUAGAGCUGGCUGCCUGGCCAAACUGAGCAAUCGAGGGAGAAGGGCCUUGGUCAGGGAGGUGUCCAAGAACCCGAUGGUCACUCUGACAGAGCUCUAGAGUUCCUCUGUUGAGAUGGGAGAACCUUCCAGAAGGACAACCAUCUCUGCAGCACUCCACCAAUCAGGCCUUUAUGGUAGAGUGGCCAGACUGAAGCCACUCCUCAGGAAAAGGCACAUGACAGCCUGCUUGGAGUUUGCCAAAAGGCACCUGAGACUCUCAGACCAUGAGAAACAAGAUUCUCUGGGCUGAUGAAACCAAGAUUGAACUCUUUGGCCUGAAUGCCAUACGUCACGUCUGGAGGAAACCUGGCACCAUCCCUACGGUGAAGCAUGGUGGUGGCAGCAUCAUGCUGUGGGAAUUUAUUUCAGCAGCAGGGACUGGGAGACUAGUCAGGAUCGAGGCAAAGAUGAACGGAGCGAAGUACAGAGAACUACUUAAUGAAAACCUGCUCCAGAGCACUCAGGACCUCAGACUAGGGUGAAGAUUCACCUUCCAACAGGACAACUAUCCUAAGCACACAGCCAAGACAACGCAGGAGUGGCUUCGGGACAAGUCUCUGAAUGUCCUUGAGUGGCCCAGCCAAAGCCUGGACUUGAACCCUAUCGAACAUCUCUGGAGAGACCUGAAAAUAGCUGUGCAGCAACGCUCCCAAUCCAACCUGACAGAGCUUGAGAGGAUCUGCAGAGAAGAAUGGGAGAAACUCCUCAAAUAAAGGUGUGCCAAGCUUGUAGCGUCAUACCCAAGAAGACUCGAUGCAGUAAUCGCUGCCAAAGGUGCUUCAACAAAGUACUGAGUAAAGGGUCUGAAUAACUAUAUAAAUGUGAUAUUUCAGGUUUAUUUUUAUAAAACCUGUUUCUGCUUUGUCAUUUUUUUUUAAUGUGUUUUAAUAUUAUAUACGGAUGGCACUGUGAUAGACUACAUCCAAUUUGCUGAGUAGAGUGUUGGAGGCUAUUUUGUAAAUGACAUCGCCGAAGUCAAGGAUCGGUAGGAUAGUCAGUUUUACGAGGGCAUGUUUGGCAGCAUGAGUGAAGGAGGCUUUGUUGCGAAAUAGGAAGCCGAUUCUAGAUUUAACUUUGGAUUGGAGAUUCUAAAUGUGAGUCUGGAAGGAGAGUUUACAGUCUAACCAGACACCUAGGUAUUUGUAGUUGUCCACAUACUCUAGGUCAGACCCGUCGAGAGUGGUGAUUCUAGUCGGGUGGGAGGGUGCCAGCAGCGUUCGAUUGAAGAGCAUGCGUUUAGUUUUACUAGUGUUUAAGGGCAGUUGGAGGCUACUGAAGGAGUGUUGUAUGGCAUUGAAGCUCAUUUGGAGGUUUGUUAACACAGUGUCCAAUGAAGGGCCAGAUGUAUACAAAAUGGUGUCGUCUGCGUAGAGGUGGAUCUGAGAAUCACCAGCAGCAAGAGCGACAUCAUUGAUAUACACGGAGAAAAGAGUCGGCCCAAGAAUUGAACCCUGUGGCACCCCCAUAGAGACUGCCAGAGGUCCAGACAACAGGCCCUCCGAUUUGACACAUUGAACUCUAUCUGAGAAGUAGUUAGUGAACCAGGCAAGGCAGUCAUUUGAGAAACCAAGGCUAUUUAGUCUGCCAAUAAGAAUGCGGUGGUUGACAGUCGUUAUGGGGUGUUGUGUGUAGAUUGAUGAGGGGGAAAAAAUGUUUAAUACAUUUUCGAAUAAGGCUGUAUCUUAACAAAAUGUGGAAAAAGUCACGGGGUCUGAAUACUUUCCGUAGGCGCUGUAUAUUGAGGCAAUUACACUCACUGGAGUAUCUGACAUAGGCUUUAAAAAAGCACCUGUGAAAAGGAUACCAGUGUGGCAAGUGCGGCUGGUAAGCUUUCUUGACUUGGACAUACAUUUUUGCCAACACAUGGCUAACCUUUAUUUUAACAAGCUAAACAGCUGCUCUUAGCAAAAAUGUGUUUGCAGUUACUUUACUAGCUAAUAGACUAGUUUACACUUCCUCUUCCAAUUAUAAUGUGGACAGGUCCUUUCUUAUGUAUGUUGGGGGUCCUUGGGUUGCCGGUUUUCCUGGGAGGGGGUCCCUGGGCAAGAUCAGGUUGAAGAUCCCUGUCUUAGAUUCAUACUUUCCGAUUUCCCGAACUUCGUUUCUUGUUUAGCCUAUCACUUGCGCUGCUCCGUAGAGGGGGUUUCAAGGGUUAUGCUAGAUGGUGAUGGACUGAGAGAUCAGCCAAUGAAAAUCCAACGGGACUUUUUCCCUCUCCUGCCAUAGGCUCCAUUCAAGUCCCUUUCUGAAACUGUGAAACCAGACGGUUCGACAGAGAAAGCCGACUGGUGGACAAUAUUAUUUAUUUGCUCAUCACCUGAAACAGCCAAUCUGACUGAAGUGUCUGUUCUUCUAUUUCCCAGUGAUUACUGCACCCUGCACACCAUAAAGGUGCACAACAUCGUGGUUAUGAUGCAGUAAGUAUGCGGUCUGCACACGUCUCUUUAAUCAUUCACACAGGACCACAGAAGCCUGGUUCCCAUUCUCCCAUGUAAUACUUGUUAAUGUUAUAUUUAAUUAAAUUGAAUCAUCUUGUUGUUUCCAGGGUGACUGUGACCACAUCGUACUUUGGCCACAUGGAGCAGGUCACUCAGGAGAUGUACCAGUAUGUAGACUGUGGAGGUAACACCACCACUGUGAGGGGGGCACAGCCCAAGGUAUCUAAUGCCCCAAUGCCCCCAGAGUAACCCCCAUGCUGCCCCUCUGCCUUGCCUGACCUGAGCCUGGUCCUGGUGAGGGUCCUUGGAUGCUAGUCUUAGUUCAGGGAUCUGGGAAACCUGGCAAAUCUGGAGAGCUACUGUGUGUGUAGGCUUUUGUUUCCAGCCCUUCUCUAACACAGCUGAUCAGCUGAAUAAGGAAUGUUAGAGCAGAGAUAAACGUGUGCACCCAGUAGCUCUCCAGGAGGAUGGUUGGCCACCCCAGCCGAAGAUGGUUCACUGUGUUCCACCUUCCUCUUCACCACCCAUCUACUGAUGAAGACCCCACUGUCAUGCAUUUCUGUGUUAGCUUACCAUUUUGUUGGGAGUAUAGGCCAAAUGUGCAGUUGAGGGAAAAAUGAGACUACUGACAAAAAUAAUUAUUUUAAUGUCUAAAAAACACUUAAGUACCACAAUAUUUCAGUACCAAAUCAUUAUGCACUUUAUUAAUGCAUUUCAAAUUCAACCUGUCACUGUGACAAUGUAAAAUUUCAUGGUGGCACUCCAGACUCCUCCAAACCACUUUGAACUGUAAAUGUGUAUGAAGUAAUAACUUUCCUUUGUCUAUGGAUGAGGAUAACCCCCGAAAGAGUUCUCUCAGUAAUCUGGUCUGAAAUCUGUAUGAUAGUCAGAGAAGUUGAACCAACAGAUCUGGGACCAGUCUACUAUUCUCAAAGUUAGACCUGUCCUAACACAAUAAUGUGUAUUAUUUUGACAGAUUAAUCUAGUCCAUUUAAAUCUGCCGAUAAAUCACAAUUUAGAGGUACAGUGAGCUAAGUCUGAAAUUACACUAUCCCCUACAUAACACUACUAGGGCUCUGGCCAAAGGUAGUGCACUAUGGAAUAGGGUGCCAUUUGGGA